AUGCAACGACAACAUUUUGUACCAGGAAAAGUUGAAACACUUUCUUUACAAGAACCUGAUAUUGGAGAUUUAGAAGUUGUUGAAAUUGAACAUAAUGGUUUUGUCAUGAAUGUGAUUUCAUAUGAAGUCACAUUUUAUACAUGUGAUGUCUCACAUGCUAGUACAGAUGCAAAUGUAUCACUUAUUCUUUAUGGUACUCUUGAUAAUAUUGGUAUUCGAAAAUUAAAACGAAAAGGUAAAUUAACUAGAUUACAUAUCGAACAUGAUAAUUCUAUGAUAUUUUUUGAUUGGUUUCUCGAUAAGGUUGAAGUUAUUAAUAUGGAUACAAAUGAAACUAUUGGUUUUCUAUGUAAUCGAUGGCUUGGAUUUUCAUUCAAUCAACCAAAGUUUUGUGCAACAGCUAUUUGGAAUUCCAAUGGAAUUACUUUUGCUAAUCGAUCGAUUGUUGGUGAAAAUCCUUUCGCCAUUUUUGUGAGCACAAGCAAUACAAUCUACGUCGCUAAUAAAGAAAAUAACACAAUUGUAAUGUGGGAAGAAGAGAGUGUUAAUCCGACAAAGGUCAUUACCGGUAAUUUUACAGUCUCUGAAUCUCUCUCCGUGACAUCAAAUGGUGAUAUUUAUAUUGAUGAUGGAUUUAAGAAUGGUCGAGUACAGAAAUGGAUAGCACAAACAAAUACCUUUGUAACAGUAAUGAAUGUCAACUCAUCAUGUUAUGGUUUGUUUGUUGAUAUCCAUGAUACUCUUUAUUGUUCAAUGACUCAGCAUCAUCAAGUACUGAAAAGAUCAUUAAAUGAUUCUGUGAUGACUUCAAAUCGUGUUGCUGCUGGAACAGGUAUUUACGGAUCAGCCUCCAGCCAACUCUAUAGUCCUCAUGGAAUCUUUGUUGAUGUGAACUUCGAUUUAUAUGUAGCAGAUUGUUACAAUGAUCGUGUUCAGUUAUUCCAGUCUGGAGAGUCAAACGGUAUCACAGUAGCUGGAAGUACAUCACUAAAUCCAACAAUUACACUUCGCUGUCCAAGCGGAAUUAUAUUAGAUGUUGAGAAGUACUUAUUCAUUGUGGAUUCUGGCAAUGAUCGUAUUGUUGGUUCAAGCUUGAAUGGUUUUCGAUGUUUAGUUGGAUGUGAUGAAAGUGGUUCGCAAUCCAACCAAUUGUAUAAUCCAUUUAGCUUUAGUUUCGAUCGUUCUGGAAACAUAUUUGUUACUGAUUCAUAUAAUCAUCGAAUUCAAAAAUUUCAAUAUUUCGAAGAAUCAUGUAAUAAGUUUAAAAUGCUUGAAUAG